AUGCUAAAGCCAAUUAAAGCAGGGUUGGAUGUAGUCAGUAGUCUUUUGGAGAAUAUUCGAAAUAGUGUGAAAUUUGUAAAAGGAUAUGAGUCGAGGAAAGAAUCAUUUGCAACAUGCGUUGAGAGCUUAGGAAUCAAAGGUGGAGCUGGGUUAUCUUUGGAUGUUACAACUCGUUGGAACUCAACAUAUGAGAUGUUGGCUAGAGCUUUAAAAUUCAGAAAAGCGUUUGGUAUUUUGAAUUUGUAUGAGAGAGAUUACAAUUCAUUACCAUCAGAGGAAGAAUGGGAUCAAGUGUGGAAAAUUGAGUUGUUGCUGAAGAAAUAUUCUAUUUGUGAUGAUGUUUAUGUGAGAGCAAUGGCUCAAAUGAUGCGAAAGAAGUUUGCAAAGUAUUGGAAUCAAUACAAUAUCAUUCUUGCUAUGGGAGCAGCUUUGGAUCCGAGAUUGAAGUUGCAAAUACUUGAGUCAGCUUAUGACGAGGUCGAUUCAAGCACUUCCAAGGAAAAAGUUGAUAUGGAUCUGUUUAAUCUUGAAAGUGGCCUCAAGUCUAAUUCAGGAAACCCCAAAUCAAAUUUGGAAAUCUAUUUGGAUGAACCUAGACUAGAGAUGAAGACUUUUACAGACAUGGAAGUGUUAAGUUUUUGGAAAGAUAAUCAACAUCGAUAUGGUGAUUUAGCUUCCAUGGCAUCUGAUAUUCUCAGCAUUCCAAUCACCACUGUAGCAUCAGAGUCAUCUUUUAGUGUUGGAGGUAGAGUGUUGAAUCCUUACAGAAACAGACUUCUUCCCAAAAAUGUUCAAGCAUUAAUUUGCACUAGAAACUGGUUGUGUGGAUUUGCUGAUUUUGAAGGAGACAUAAAAGAUUAUUUUGAUGAUGAAGAUAAUAAUGAUACAAAAAUAGCGGGAGUUGGAGAGUCUAACACAUGA